UUGCUCAACAGAAUGGAGAGAGGAGAAAAGAGUCGUGUCCGGAUUUCUGAUUGGGGCAGUCCAAAAUUUAGAAAAUUUAAGUUCUUUUUUGCAACUCAAAAGUCAAAUUUGAAGGGAUUAAAUGUGAUAUUGCGGGAUUUGGAUGACUGAAAUUUGAUGAAAACCAUUAUCUCUCACGUCUCAAUCAGGUGUUUUAGAGGUGAUGGAUUCAGAUAAAUCGAAUUUUUUAAAUUCUCUCGGCCGUCCAAAAUUCUGAAAAUUUUCGCCAGAAAAAAGUUGUAUUUUAUAUUCUCACUUUUAUGUUUGCUAUACAUAGUAAUAGAGGGAAAUCAAGGUUGUCGGGUUUUUAUCGAGUUUUGGAAAAUUUCUCGGGUCGGGUGUUUUUGACAGUGAUGCAGGGGUUCGCGAACCGGUCAAGUCCGGUUCCGGAACUGGAACCGAUAAAUGUCCGGAACCGGUUCCAAGACCCUAAUGAUGGAUGA